AGGGUUUGGCACUCUCUCUCCGCUUACGCAUUAGUCAACCAUGUAGCACAUAGAUGCCCUUGUGCAUAUCUACGUCGGUAUGCAUAAGCACAACAUAGUUAGUAGAAAACAACGACAUCAACUAAAUUUUGAAUUUUUUCAACUGAUAUACAAAUACAAACCCACGAUUUUCUUGCGUUUUCUCUCUCGUGUCAUCUUUUGACUGCACCUGGUUUUGCUCUUCCUUCCUUCAUAUUCUGGUUCAAAGAGAGACCCACAAUUUUCUUGCAUUUUCUUUCUUAUAUCAUCUUGAUUGCAGCAGGUACUGCCCUUCUUCUUUUUCCUUUCAUAUAUUCUGGUAUUGAUUAUUGUAAGUCUUUUAGUUACACGAACUUGCGAAAAGAAGAAACCCUUUUUCAUUGGUUAUUUCAUAUAAAUGAGGAAAUUCGGUUCAGGCAUGGUGUUGGUACUGUUUUUGUUGUUGCCUUUGUUGAUUCUGCUGCCAUUCUUUAAAUUUUCCUAUUUGCACAACCCGUUUUCUGGGUUUGGAAGCAGAAUGAGCCAAACCCAUAAAUCUCUUAAUUUUAGUGUUACGUUGCAUACGCAGAGCUUGCUUCGCUUGGUUCACUUGCUUCUUGACAGGAGUGAGGUACGGGGAGAAUAUACAAACACCACCACUUGCGUAGAUGGGUGUUCAGAAAUGAAGAAGGAUAAUUUCACAUGGGGGCCAUUGAUAGAGGAGUUCACUUUUGCUAUAAAUUCGGCUCCCUUCAAUAGCUGUCAUGCUUCUACCAUAGUGGAGGUCGAUCAAGAUCAUUUUUUGGUUGCUUAUUUUGGGGGUUCAGCGGAGGGAGCACCUGAUGUAAAAAUUUGGUUGCAGACUUACAAGGAUGGCUAUUGGCACUCUCCAAUAAUUGCUGAUGAACAAGACAAUGUUCCAAUGUGGAAUCCUGCAUUAUUUAAGCUUCCAUCCAAUGAGUUGCUUCUGUUUUAUAAAAUCGGGCAAGAGGUUCAAAAAUGGAGUGGAUGUAUGAAGCGGUCCUUUGAUGGAGGUAAUACUUGGACGGAAAGGGAACAGCUUCCUCCCGGCAUAUUAGGACCAAUUAAGAAUAAGCCUAUUUUGCUGGGAAAUGGCCAAUUGCUCUGUGGAUCUUCAGUGGAAAGUUGGAAUUCAUGGGGGGCAUGGAUGGAGAUCACUGCAGAUUCUGGAAGAACAUGGAGAAAGUAUGGACCUAUCUAUAUUCAAAACGAAUCCCUUAGCGUGAUUCAACCGGUUCCUUACCAGACUGGGACUGGGACCUUGCGUGUUCUGUUGAGAUCCUUUGAUGGCAUUGACAGAGUGUGUAUGUCAGAAUCUCUUGAUGGUGGCCAAAGCUGGAGUUAUGCAAAACCUACUGAACUGCCCAACCCAAAUUCAGGCAUUGAUGGGGUUAAGCUGAAGGAUGGCCGUCUCUUACUUGCUUACAAUACAGUCUCCAGGGGUGUGCUCAAAGUUGACCUCUCAACAGAUGACGGAGACUCAUGGGAUGAUGUUUUGACAUUAGAGGAGACUAUGGGAAUGGAGUUCUCUUAUCCAGCUGUUAUUCAAGCCAGUGAUGGAUUAGUUCACAUUACUUACACUUAUAACAGAACACAGAUUAAGCAUGUUGUUCUUCAACCCAACUGA